CAAAACAAACGGAAAGCCGAGCCGGAGAAGAUGAUCGUCUGCGUCGCCGUCGUCGGUCACCAGAACAACCCGCUUUACAUUCAAAGCUUCACUGACGCCGAUGAUGCCCUCAAGCUCCACCACAUCGUCCACUGCUCCCUCGACGUCGUCGACGAGCGAGUGAACAAUCCGAAAAAGUCCGGGCCAACAUUGAAUGAGACAUUCUUGGGUCUGCUGUAUCCAACUGAGAAUUACAAAGUGUACGGCUAUUUGACUAAUACAAAAGUGAAGUUUAUCUUGGUAACUACUGAUCUUGAUGUCAAAGAUGCCGAUGUUAGAAAUUUUUUCAGGAGAUUCCAUGCCGCUUAUGUGGACGCAAUUUCAAACCCGUUUCAUGAGCCAGGUAAAAAGAUAACCUCGAAAACGUUUGCAGAAAGGGUGAGCACAAUCGUCAAGUCAUUUGGCAUGAGUUCAACCAGGUGAAUGAUCUCGACAGGAUCGUAACGGAACAUUCUGAGUCUUUCUUUGUUGAAUGGGUGGAGUUCAUUCGCUUUUCUCACCUACGAAGUGGAGUUAGAUAAGAUCACAUGUUUUGUAUCCCAAACUUCAGUUCUACUACAGAUGAAACAAUUUGUGAUUCUUCUUUUCCUUAUAACAUUGUAAAAUUUCUAACAUUUGGCUUCACUGGAUAUGGCUUUCAUCUUCCGUGUU